AUGAGAUUUAGAAUAUUGAUGACAAGUGAGAUGUCUUGUACAGUUGUGGAAUAUACUAAAAUUAUAUUUGUGUUCAGUGAUGAAUUGGUCACUCUUUGGUUCUCCAAUCUCAGUUUCUGCAUAUAUCCAAGGUCAAAGCGCCUAUGCUACGUAACAGCAUAUUCCGGCUGUACUCUCACACCUUCCCCAUCAACCACAAGCUCACUGGUCAUGUCUGUGAGUUCUGUGGUGACACCUUCACUGAUAUUGAACUCUGCAACCCACAUGAGCAUUUCUUCUUCAAAAGCAGGAAUGUUCUUUAUUGUGAACUCUGUUCAUCUUUUAUUCAUAUUUGCUGAACUUGUAGCUGAAAUGAUUUAA